UGCUCCUGGCAGACCCGCCCUCCGGUGGGGCGUGGGGGGGAUUUGGACUGCGAACGACGGCUAAGGACCCCCGGAGAAGGACCUGACCCACCCGGAGAAGGAAGAAGAAAUGAUGUAACACAUUCAUUACCCAAACAUCCAGCGAGGCUGGGAAGAGGGCAGGAAGACAUGGCCUGGCCCAGGGCUCUCCAGAGGGGGCCUUUGCUCACUCGGUUCAGCCACCACCAUGUUGUUGUGUUCCUGCUCACCUUCUUCAGUUAUUCAUUGCUCCAUGCUUCAAGAAAAACCUUUAGCAAUGUCAAGGUCAGUGUCUCCAAGCAAUGGACCCCAAGUGCUUUUAACACAUCAGUUGAACUGCCUGUAGAGAUCUGGAGCACCAACCAUUUGUUUCCCAACACAGAAGAAGCCACUCUAUUCCUUGGAACGCUGGAUACUAUUUUCCUCUUCUCAUAUGCUGUGGGCCUUUUCAUCAGUGGCAUCAUUGGGGAUCGGCUGAAUUUACGAUGGGUUCUAUCUUUUGGCAUGUGCUCUUCUGCAUUCGUGGUGUUUGUGUUUGGCACCCUCACAGAAUGGCUGCACUUCUACAACAGAUGGUUCUACUGCUGCCUGUGGAUUGUGAACGGCCUGCUGCAGUCCACGGGCUGGCCCUGUGUGGUGGCUGUGAUGGGCAACUGGUUUGGCAAAGCCGGCCGGGGUGUCAUUUUUGGUCUCUGGAGUGCCUGUGCCUCAGUGGGCAAUAUUUUGGGAGCCUGCCUGGCAUCGUCUGUUCUACAGUAUGGAUAUGAGUACGCCUUUCUGGUGACCGCGUCUGUGCAGUUCGCUGGUGGAAUCGCCAUUUUCUUUGGACUACUAGUGUCACCAGAGGAAAUUGGUCUCACAGGUCUGGAAGCAGAAGGAAACUUCGAAGAGUCACACAGGCCACUAAUCAAUGAUGCCGAGAAUGAAGAUGAAUAUGAGCCAAAUUACUCAGUCCAGGAGGACAACAACCCUGUCACCCAAGUGAAGGCAAUAAGCUUCUACCAGGCCUGCUGCCUUCCCGGAGUCAUACCGUACUCACUGGCUUACGCCUGCCUGAAGCUGGUGAAUUACUCCUUCUUCUUCUGGCUGCCCUUUUAUCUGAGCAACAACUUUGGCUGGAAGGAAGCGGAGGCUGACCAGCUGUCAAUCUGGUAUGAUGUUGGCGGAAUCAUAGGAGGAACUCUUCAAGGCUUCAUCUCCGACGUGCUGCAGAGGAGAGCCCCGGUGCUGGCCCUCAGCCUGCUCCUGGCCAUCGGGUCCCUGGUUGGGUACAGCCGGUCUCCGAAUGAUAAGUCCAUCAAUGCGCUUCUGAUGACCGUCACAGGGUUUUUUAUCGGUGGGCCUUCUAACAUGAUUAGCUCGGCCAUUUCUGCAGACCUGGGUCGCCAGGAGCUGAUUCAAGGGAGCAGUGAGGCGUUGGCGACGGUCACGGGGAUUGUGGAUGGGACGGGGAGCAUCGGAGCUGCCGUGGGCCAGUAUUUGGUGUCUUUGAUCCAAGACAACUUAGGAUGGAUGUGGGUUUUCUACUUUUUCAUCCUCAUGACAAGUUGUACAAUUCUGUUUAUCUCACCAUUAAUAGCCCGAGAGAUAUUCUCUCUCGUACAAGGGAGACGCGCUCACAUUCUGACCGAGUGACUGGUGCCCAUGGCAAGGCGAGCAGCGUGGUGACGCACGAGGACGGUGGAUUUGGUGUUGAGUUCCCUGUCUGAGGACAGAGCCCGGCUCCUCGGCCUUGUGCGGCCUGGCCAGCCAGCCCAGGAGGAGCCUCCCGCAGAGGAGGCCGCCCUGAGCUUCUCUUCAACACUACAGGAAUGGCCGUGGACUUGGUGUUCCACUGUUGCUUUAUGAAUGUACUGAGUGGCGUACGGCCUGCCGGCGUCCUUUAUGGCCUGGUGAGGUUUAUCCCUUUCGCCUUAGUUGGGCCGCGUGCUCCAGCCUUAGGAGUUGUGUGCCCCGGAGCAGAGCCGGGAGGAGGGACCGGAUCCCGUGCGUUUUGCUUUGGUGGCCAUGCGGAGUGGUGAAGAGCGCCAGCGGGGGGAGCUAGGAGCUGCUCUCUGGCCCCCUUCCGCCUCGCAGUCCUUCACUGCAGAAGUUCUUCCUGGUGAUGACGGAUAUCAUGAACAUUCAUUCCGGCGUGGGACUCCCUGUGGAGCUGCGGGCUGGGAGCCGUAGCGGCCUCUGGGAUCCUCAGCAUCGUUGGCUCUCAGAGGACUGCUGUGGAGCACAGCCAGGUUCCAGGGUGUAACCUCAGCAGAAGCCUAGAGUUAGUCAUGUUAGUGGAUGUGAUCGCGAGGCCUCCGGCCCGUCCUCUUAGCAGAUGCUAGUGUAAAUGUCUGCCAGGCUGCCCCUUCUAUAGUAGUCAGCGUUGUAAGGUCAUUCUCUAUAUUUUAAAUUAUAUAAGCAAAGGAGGAAGCUGUGCAAUUUUGAGAGAUUUCCUAAUUUGCAUUGGGCUAGGGAUCAUUUUUUUCAACUUCUGGCUUUAUAUUCCACAACGUGGUGCAUUGAUGAACUUGUUAAUGUCAUUGGAUCAUGCAGAUUAAAUAUGAUCAUGUUCUUGUUCACUUACUGACAUAAAGGGAAAAUAAGAAACACAGGAAAGGAAAAUAAACUGACUUUUAUAG